AUGGGACGAGGAAAGCAUCAAUGGCCAGAAUGGAAGGACUCAGACGACUACGGUGGCCACUGGUCUUCCUCCUCCUGGUCCAAGUGGAGCUGGGGCAAGGAUGGUGGGAAAGGAAAACAGGCCGGGAAGGGCAAGGACAAACCGACACCUCGAAGUGCAAGGGACGAACCGAACUUCCCCACCUUCGAUGCCAUGCCCGUCACUGGAGUGGAACGUCGAGAUCCGGAAUGCCGAACGACGAGAACCAAGGACACGAAGAAUACUACCGUGGACCUGGUACAGGGGACGCAGCGAUUGGUCAAUCAGCUGCGACGUGCAGAAGCCAAGGUGCGGCGCAACGAGGAGGACAGAGAACACAUUGCGGAGCAAUGGAAACUGUUCCAAGCGAAGCUCAAGAAGACCUUCGUCAAGGAGAGGAACAAGUACCUGGACCUCGUCCGCAAGAACAAGGCCGAGCAGGAGGAGAACUUGACGUCCCAGGAAAAUGCACUGAUCGCCCUCCAAGACGUCCUGAAUGGUGGUGUGGUGACGGCAGCCGUUCCGAAAGAGGAGCCCACACCGGAGGACGAGGCAGAAUGGGCCAAGCUGAUCUCAGAAGAGGACGCCGACGACGACAUGGGCUUGGCUGGCUUCUUGCAUGGAACCCUGGAUGGGCAGGUGGAACUGCGGAAAGCAGCCAGACAGAAGAUGCUGCAAGCGAUCGCGGUGAAACGCGAGGCCCUACGACGGGACAAGGAGCCUUUCACACCGCCGAGCAGGGGGACAAAGGCUGCUGCUUUGUCACCUCCGGCAUCCCGGCCGGCAGUGAGACGUGGAGACCAUGGCUUGGAGGCCACGACGGGGACUGCUGCUGGGUCCUACACUGGGGAGGACAAUGUGCUCAAGGACCCCUACCAGAUCUCACCGUCGAACAUGAGGGCACCAACACCGGGGGCACGUCAACGUUCCAGGUCCCACACAAAUGGGCCAAGGCUUGGCAUCAAGACGCACCUCAAAGGCCCGGUGAAGACGCUCAAGCCGGGAACCUUGGCCAAGAAAUUGGCGGCCAAGAGAGCGGCGGCAAUGGCUGCUGGGUCCGAGCAAGUUAUCGACCUCGAGACCGAAUUGGGGGCAGAGGACGACGAAAACGACAUGGUGGCGGACCUCAGAACCCACCCAGAAGACCCGGGCAAGGAUGGCAGUGGCUUUUUCGGCUUGUCCACUGCUGUCCCUUAUGAAUAUUUGGGUGGAGGCCCUUGGCCUGCCCAUGAUUCCGACAGGGCUGUACUAUCAGCCCAUGAUUUUGAGAACCUCAAGCGGUCUCGUGAUGACACUGCUGAUGUGUACAUUGGUGCAAAAACCACGGCCCGGCACGGCCCCAAGGGAGGCCACGACCGAGGCGGCACAACCAUUGCGGGAUACCGACAAGGCUGUCCCGAGCUCUCGGUUGGCUCACCAGAACGAGCUGUACUACAGCUUCUGACCUGCUCCGGGAAUGGAGACAGUGGACACUCCGAUGCUGAGUGCUUGUGGGACCCACAGGGACACAGAGGCCUGUUGGACCGAAGCGGCACAACCGUUGCGGGAUACCUACAAGGCUACCCUGAAGUGAGACCUAGACUGAUGGAGGUACCGGACAAGCAGGCAUGGACCAGAUCUCGAUACCGGUACUAUGACAUCAUGGACUGGAUCGACUACGUCGAGGACACAGUUGACGACUACUUUCGAAAACAUGUGGAGACUAUGAGGACAGUGGCGAAUGGCAUCGGCAUGACCCUGCUUCUCGUCAGCUUCCUCUCCCUCACCAUGCUGCUCUGCCCGAAGGGGGGUAGACGCACGAAAAGACAGUGUUUUACAGGACCUGCACUGGCUUGGGCAGCCUGCACCAUGAUCCAAGGAGCAACCGCCGUGCCCGAUAAUGCCCGACCAAGAAUGCGAACUGGCGUGCCCCGGCCGACGGAUUUGGAAACCUGGGCAGCUGGACUGCUCACUCCCCGAGAGCAGCUCGCACAGGCGGAGGCGAUGUGGGCCAUAGCCAGAUCAUUGGAACAUGGCACUGGUCAGGCUAGAAUGCCUACAUACGAAGUCAGGGCAGAGGACCCCAUCUUCGACUUUACGGAGGUUGAUGUUGCUAAUGUACACGUCACCUGCUGGGUAGCCACCCCCUUCUACGAGCCGGAGAUCAUUGACUUGGAGGUCCGCUUCCCAACGACAGUCGAUCGGCUCCAAACUGCUGUUUCCGACUCCACUCGGCACAUCCCCGAGUAUGCCGAGGAGAUCAUUCCCACUGUCCCACAAGUCGACAACCACUUCGCGAGCUUUGUGGCCAUGCCAAAGUGGGUGCGGGAAAGCGAUAGAGUUGUGCAAGUCGUUGACGCGACAAAUAUUGGUGGUGGUGUCUUCGCAGCCUACCUCGACAGACCGGUUACCAGGCAGCAAGUUCUGACCACUGUGGUGGAAGGCUGGCCGGAGGGCAUGGGUGUCUAUGCCUAUGGAAGCGACCGGCCGUGGCGCAACAACGUUGUGUACAACCCUGUCCAAGGUGGCCUCCUCAAAAUCAUGCGAAGAGGUAACCAGCCCAGAUGGGCGGACGACCUCCAGGUGAGAACGGGGGACCCACGGCGAUGGAACCCACAGGUACCUCUACCUAGCCCGGUGGCUGGACUCCACACGGUCUACCAGUCGGCGGACGACCAGGUCCUGGAGGAGAUAGCGUCUGAUGAUGAGAGGCCCUUGGAGAUUGCGGGAGGAGGGCGACGUGUAUGGGGGCAGAUCGCUGUCCUAGAUGGGGUCGAGCAACAUGGGCCAAACGAACCAGUCAUCUUCACCGACCUCCGUGGACUGGGCCUCUUUCCACAAUGGACCCAGUUAGAAGGCAACAUCUUCAGACCCCUUGACUACUACGACACUCUCGGAAUGCCUGACCUUGAAGGAUGGGCUGUCAUGGUACAAGGAGGCGACCCCCAGGAUGAUGAUACCACCAUAGUGGUGCAGCCGGGUGAGGUGCUGGCUUUCCAUCUGGCCAAAGACGAGGUUGUCAGGGGUGAAGGCCGUGGGGAGGAGGACGAUGACAGUUCCUCUGACUCUGAGGAGGAUGACUCUUCUGAGGGCGAGGACGCACUGCCAGAUUCAAGUGAUCUGGAGCCGCCCGAUGCUGAUGUCAUUGGUGGCCCGCCAAGAGGCCCCCCACCCCCUCAACCUGUCAACCGCCCCAGAAGCCGAACCCCCCGGAGGAGGAAUGAUGCCCGGAUGAGUUGUGGAAAAGACAUUGAACUCGCGGCACACCUACCUCCUCCUGAAUUUGACAUUGGGAUGCAGCAGCUACAAUUGCCUACAGAGGCAUCGUGCUUGGACAAACUACGACGGCCAUGGGACCCGGGUUGGAUGAAGCCCCUUCCCUGUGAGCCCAUCUACAAAUUAGAGACGGUAGAGGCGAUCGCAGGUAUGAAACAUUGGAGUGACCUUCUUGCUGACGAGUAUGACCUGCGGACAGCCGAGAUCCACCUCUACUCUGAUGGUUCCUGGAUGGAGGAGCGACAACUCGGGGGGUAUGCUGUUGCGGUAGUCCUAGUGUGUGCUGGGACCCAAGCAAUCAUGGGUGCGUGGGGGGAGCGCACCCAGGGUGGCACUGACCCUACUUGGUGGGCGGACUCACCGCCGGCUUUGCAUAACGAGCAGAUUGCCCUGGCAACAGGCCUGCUGUGGAUACUCCAAAGCAGGGCCUUCCUAGGGGCUUCUGGCUACUUUCUGCACUACGACUGCCAGGUCGCAGGCAAGGCGGUGUCUGGGGUGUGGAAUUAUGUCAACGAGAUGGGCGAAAGAAGCCGACUGCUUGAAAUGUACCUGCAGGAGUUGAUACACGUCCCCAUUGCCACCAUGCACGUGAAGGCCCACCAAGGUGAUCCCUUUAAUGAGUUGGUGGAUGUCCUGUCAAAGGAGGCUGCGAAAGGAUCCAUACAGCUGCCAGCCCCGCCUCGGGACACAUGUGCUGCAUUCAGGGAGAUUGACAUGACAUGGAUGGCCGCAUCCUGUCAUGCGAGACGAUGGAGCACCCUCCCCAUCACCCCGCAAGGAAACCUCUUCUGGAGCUACCUCAGGAAGGAAGAAAAGUCCCACCUACAACCAGAGCAGCUCAUCCCUACACAACCAGGACCUGGCACGGACGAUCGGUUGGGAGCUGGUUUCGCGCUAAAGGCAGUGACGCUGAACGCGCAAAGCCUGAAGGGUAAGCACAAGUUCUACGAGGCCCAAAUGAUAGAGCAACAAUGCCACCUGGCAUUCCUCCAGGAGACCAAGGGUAAAGCCGGUGUUUGUGAAAGCAAAGAUUUCCUGAGGUUGUCUACGGAUGGUCUGUCACACUGGGGGGUUGACAUCUGGAUAAACAAACGACUCGGACUCUGCACAUACCAAGGGCGACCACUGGUCGUGACGGAGGACGAUGUCCAGGUGAUUUAUGAGUCCCCUCGAUUGCUGACCCUUUCUGUCGACAUCGGGGGCAGAACGAUUGUCCUCGUUUCAGGCCACGCCCCCCAUUCGGCUCGUAUUGAGGAGGCGAAGGUCUUCUUCGAGGACCUUCAACAGAGCAUCAAGCUUCUGGCAAAGGCCAGUCUCAUUGUUAUGGGCCUGGACUUAAACGGCCGCAUCCCGCUUGAGGUGCCGGGGAUCACUGGUAGCCGGAGAUGUGGCGAACCUGAUGGAAUCGGUGGAAUGAUGUUGUCAGUGGCCCGAAGCUGCCAUCUGUGGUUCCCAUCCACAUAUGAUGAACUGCAUCAAGGACCCGACGCCACAUAUCACCAGCCUGCCGGUGAGGAUAAGAUGGGACACCGCAUCGAUUACCUUGUCCUUGGUGGGGUGGCUGUGCUGACGGAGGUGGCCAGUCAAGUGCUGGACUCCUUCGACACCUUAGCGCCCAGUGUAGACCAUGAGGCCGUGAUGGUGGAUUUCAGUGGUGUGCUGGAUGGCCCACCACAAAGGUCCCAAGUUUGGAAGCCCAAGUAUGAUGUCGAGAAGAUUUUGACAGAUGCAGGCCGGAAAGCUGUCGAGGAGGCCAUGUGGGAUUAUGUCCCCCCUCGAUGGGAGGUGCACCCCACUGACCACUACGAGCACUUUCGACAGCAUGUCCAUUGCAUCCUCAGGGACAACUUCGCACUGAAUGCCGAGGACAAGCGGGCCGACUACAUCUCUGACAGGGUGUGGGCAAUUCGGACGACCAAGCUUGACCUCAAGCGUCGGGCCCGACACCGACGCGGACUGUGGCAGGACCUAGCUGACAGAGCCUUCCUCCAAUGGGCUACUGGAGUUGACCAUGCGGUAUGCCUCCUGAUUGAAAAGCACCUGCUACUCUAUGAGCUGGUGGCGGCUGCGAUUCAGUUUGCUACGUCGCGACUCAAACAGGGUAUCAGGCAGGACAAAGCCCACUACCUCCGCAACCUGGCGGUGACGAAUGGCACUGCCUUCAAGGAUGUGGCGACUGUGGCCAAGAAAGCCGGCUUGGGAGGAAGAGCAGCGAGGACGCCCUGGAGACCAAUGCCGACACUGAAGGAUUCCACCGGAGCUGCAGCAGCCACACGUCAGGCAAAGGAUGCAGUUUGGAUGGAACACUUUGGACGGCAGGAGUGUGGACACAUCAUUCCCACCACGGAGCUGAUACGAGGAGACUCUACCACGAUCGCGAUUGAUGGCGACUGGGAGUGGAAGCUCUCGGACGUGCCCACUAUCCUCGAGCUUGAAAACGCCCUUCGUCGGGCGCCGAGGAGGAAGGCCGUUGGACUGGACGGAAUACCGGGAGAAUUUCUCCUGGCGAAUCCACCCGCCACAGCCAGAGCACUCUAUGCUCUGACAGCAAAGGCGGCCCUACGCAUGUGUCAACCACUUCACUGGAGAGGAGGAGUGCUUCAGGAGUGCUGGAAGCGAUCUGGAUCGAAGGAGAAUGUUGACAGCUAUCGGUCACUCUAUAUCUCCUCGCUCCCGGCCAAGUGUGUUCACCGCAUGCUUCGGGAUAGAGCUGGACAGUGCAUUGAGGAGGGCUUGCACAGUUUUCAGCUAGGGGCUCGCAAGCAAGCACCGGUGCUACUGCCUGCACUCUACAUACAGGCAUUCCUUCGAUGGACCAAGCGCGUCAACCACAGCGUCGCAAUCCUCUUUGUUGAUUUCCAAAGCGCCUACUACAAGGUGGUCAGAGAACUGGCGGUUGGGGACAUUGAACCUGAGAGUGACGAAGCUGUGGCAAAGAUCUUUAAGACCUUCGGCCUCCCCCCGGAGGACGUUGCAAACCUCUACCAAACUAUCCGAAGUGGAGGUAUGCUGGCUGAUGCCGGGCUCCCACCAGCACUUCGACAUCAGGCUAAAGACAUGCUCCACCGGUCGUGGUUUAUCACGAGGCACGGAGGCAGCGAGCAGGUCAAUGUCACCAGUGCUGGCUCCCGACCAGGGUCCAGCUGGGCAGACAUCAUCUAUGCCUUUGUUCUGGGACGACUCUUGACCAUCCUACGGGAACAUGCUGCUGCAGAGGACUUGCUGACGACUCUGUCUGUUGACCUUGAAGGCGGCCCGAUGGGAGACCCUCAGGAUGGCGUGCCGAUCGAGGCCCGGGGCAGUGUAUGGGCAGAUGAUUGUUCACUGCCCUUGAGUGAUCCGGACCCGUUGAGGCUACUUUCCAAGGCGAGACGAGCGUGUGAACUAUUGAUCGAGUUCUCGCUGGCCCACGGUAUGUCUCCCAAUUUGAAGCCGAAGAAGACGGCCAUCAUUCUGGCCCUUAGGGGCAAGGGUGCCCACCAGGCCAGAAAGGCUGAAUUUGCUGACGGUCGCAACGUUCUACGCCUACCUGAACUGGGGUUGGAAGUACAGGUGGCCCCCUCUUACGUCCACCUUGGUGGCUUGGUCGAGCCGGAGGUGAAGAUGGUUGCGGAGGCCCGACGGAGGCUUGGGAUGGCCAAGACGGCUUUUGAUGCUGGCCGGAACCUCCUCUACUGCAAUACCACCAUCCCCAUUGAGACUCGGUCGGCGCUCUUCCGCAUGUCCAUUACGGCCACAUGCUUCAACCUUGCUUUGUGGAUUCCAAGUGGCAGGGCAUGGGAGAUCCUUGAUGGAGGAUUCACCCGUAUACUCAAAGGCCUCCUGGCGAAGACCUACAAGGGAGAGGAGUACCACAAGCUCGCGGCCCCAAUGGUCCACAUCUUGACCCAGACCCCGGACCUUGCCCUCCUUGCCAGACGUGCCCGUCUCAGCCUACUCAUCUCCCUCUGCCGCACUGCCCCUCCGGUCCUGUGGGCGGUACUGCAGAGCGAAAGGAGCUGGACUGACACAGUCAUCGCCGACAUGGAAUGGCUUCGGACAGACAGCGAAGUUUGGCCUGCCACAGAUCCGCAGCAUUGGCCCGAAUGGCACAACAUCCUGACCAGAUCCACGGCAUGGGUCAAACGCCGGAUUGCCAAAAAGGCGGCGGAUGAGUACGACAAAUUCUGCGAGGUCCAGCGGACUAACCUGGCCCUCUGGGGACUUUACCGCCAAGCCUGCAGGGCCUUUCCUCAAAAGGCCUGUGCUACUAUGCCAUGGGUGUGCAGGAUGUGUGCCAAAUCCAUGAAGACGAAAGCGGCACUCGGUGCACACUUCUUCAAAGUGCAUGGUCGGAAGGCAGCUUACCGCCAACAUGGUGGAGGCACGAUCUGCAGGUCCUGCAACCGCGACUACAGGUCCCGCACCAAGCUUAUGGUGCACCUGCGGGACACUCCGAAGUGUGUGGCGGUCUUAGCUACGAUGGAGCCGAAUGCCACCCCUUUCAUUCCUGGCUUGGGAAGCCGUGGCUGGAGGGAGGCGGCUGAGAAGGACUACACUCCAGCCUUGCCGGCCAGAGUUUCGGAGGCUCUCCCACCGGCUGGCGAGACAAAGUGGCCACCUGCGGUCCGUCGGGCAUAUGCAGAUGUAUGUGAACACCUGCUUGUGAAGGAGGACGGUGUCAGUAUCGCGGUAUACCGGGAUCGAGUACUACGUGUACUGGAUGGCUACCCCCUCUACUUUGAGGAGGCCCUGGAGAUCCUGGAGACCGUGGAAGCUGACCUGGUCACCAUCUGCGACAACGAUCUCAAUGAGUACUGGACAACGUCCGGGCUGUCAAAUCUCCGAGAAUCGUUGAAAGAGAUCACCCCGGAUCUCUGGAGUGGGGGAAUUGUCGAGCAUGACGACCACCUGCCUCAGGAGUCACUUCGCUCCUUUGCGGCAAGGCUUGCCAGUUUGGACUGGAAAGACAUCCUCCCCCCGAAGUGCUACGAGACCCAUGACGACAGCUCUGUACUCCUGGACGACGACUGGGAAGUCGCGUGGCGUCGAUCCAGUGAGCUGCCCAAACGCGCGACCGUAGUUGAUUACUGGAGAUUGGUUCCUGGCCCCUUGCAGGUAGCAUGGGACGAGCUUCUAAAAGGGCCUGGGAACUUCGAGGGCACGGCGACCGCUGCGUCGCGAAGGAUGCAGCACAGGCUGGAUGUCUUGCGUCCGGUGCCAGUGGAGCACGCCGGCCCAAGCAGGCUGCGUGCCGUCAGCCCACAUCGCUUUCUGACAAAGGAAGCACGCGGACUCCUCUAUAUUCGGAAGGUAGGUGCAACGAACCGGGCAGAGGAGUGUGCGUUGUUGGUGAAGCUCGCCCGCGAUGGCCUGAGUCCACACGGGAUCGCAGCCGUCAAGCCACAGACCAUCGACCAUGAUACAGGAGAACGACGUGAAUGGCAGCUGGCAGGCACCGCUGGCAACAAGCUCUUGGCUGAGUGUCUGUUCCACGAGCCACACAUGUGCGACUGUACUGGCAAGAAAAGCCUUGUCGAGGUGCUGAAGCUGCUCGCGGAGUCAAAGAAACUUCGUGAACAGGCCUUGGCCGCAACCUCGGUGAAGCCAAAGCAAUCGGUCCACGUUAGCUUGGCAUGUAUGGGCCCAGUUCUGAAAGUAGCUCGCAAAUCUCCGAACGUGGACGCCUUGGCUCAAGUCACCAAACGGUUGGCUCGAGAUGCAAUGCAGACGUGA